AUGGAAGAGGAUGAAAUCCCGGCUGUUAUUUUUGACAACGGGUCUGGUCUUUGUAAAUGUGGGAUAGCGGGUGACAGCGCUCCUAGAUCGGUAAUCACAUCCAUAGUCGGUCGCUCCAAAGCCAAAGCGACCAUGGUCGGGGCCGGUCAAAAGGAAUACUAUAUCGGGGAAGAAGCCCAGGCCAAAAGAGGCAUUCUAACCCUUAAGUACCCGCUAGAGCAUGGCAUUGUCACUUGCUGGGAGGAUAUGGAGAAAAUCUGGAGGCACGUUUACGAAUGCGAGUUGAGGAUGAAAUCAAGCGAGAGACCAGUGCUUUUAACCGAAGCACCGCUGAACCCUCUUACCAACAGAGAGAAGAUGACCGAGAUUAUGUUCGAGAACUUCAAGGUCCCCGCUAUGUAUGUGUCCGUGCAGGCUGUGCUGGCUCUGUAUGCUUCGGGGCGCACUACAGGGAUGGUAAUGGACAGUGGGGACGGGGUAACCCACACUGUUCCCAUAUAUGAUGGAUACUGCUUACCGCACGCCGUGUCCAGACUAGACAUCGCCGGGAGGGACAUAACUGAAUAUUUUAUGAGGAUCCUGCUGGAAAGUGGCCAUUCUUUUGUGAGCAGUGCCGAGCGGGAAAUCGUUAAGGACAUCAAAGAGAAGCUGUGCUACGUCGCCAUUGAGCCCAAGAUGGAGCUUAAAAAAACGCCAGAGAUGAUUCAGAAAGAGUACAAGUUGCCGGACGGGAACGUGAUCAAGAUCGGCAAUCAGCUUUUCAGAGCCCCCGAAGUGCUUUUCGUCCCUGCUUUUGUCGGUGUGGAAGCUCCCGGGGUGCACAAACUGACUUUCAACAGUGUUCUGAAAUGCGACAUCGACGUGCGCAAGAACCUCUACGCCAACGUGUUGAUUUCUGGGGGUUCCACCCUCUUCCCAGGGCUGGAUGAACGGCUGCUGAAGGAGAUUACAUUGCAGGUGCCAGCUGGGGUACCGGUGAAGGUGAUAGCCCCACCGGAGAGAAAGUACUCCGUUUGGAUUGGGGCUUCGAUUCUUACCUGCCUCACCGCCUUCAAACAAAUGUGGAUAACGGUCAUCGACUACAAAGAGUUUGGACCCCCAGUGGUCCACCGAAAAUGCUUUUAA